CCUCGUGUGUCUGUGUGGUGUUGUGGCUGAGGACUGAGGGACUGAGGGAGGCGGGCUGCACCACACGAAACCGACUACUGCGCUCCCUGACCACCCUAACAGGAUUUCCGUGCCGUCAGCUCCCCUGUGAAGACACGCGUAGCCAUGUCAGCGUCCCCAGUGGCUCGUCAGGCGGUGGCUCAGGCCCUGCCGCAGAGCAUCCCCCGCAGGGUCACUAUUAACUCCCCGGCGGACCUUCCUAAUGACUACAGCACUACGCCCGGGGGCACGCUAUUCUCCACUACCCCAGGAGGCACGAGAAUCAUAUACGAACGAACUUUCCUGAUGCAAAUGCGCAACUCUCCGCUGGCCAAGACUCCCCCCAAGAACCUACCUGUGAUCCCUGGAGUGACUGCCAAGGACACGGAGGUUGUCCACCGCGAGAAUGGCACCAUUGUGGAGGAACCAGAGAAGCCAGAGCCCUCUGACCUGGACCAGUUUGAGAUGGACCUCUAAGCUCCAGCUCCGUGUGGUUCCACCGUUCAUCAUCAGGUCUUGGUGCUCAACACUCCCGGCCGCCGAGGGGCUCAGUGGCCUGGGGUCAUGCCGAUAAUUGAUCCUGUCCUCCGAGUGAUUACUUUAGGCAACAUGCCAACUAAACUCAGUGGCUCAGUUUAACUCCCGAGUGCCAACACUUAGUGGUCAUUUUUAUGGUUAGUGGAGGCACUGGUGACGGAGCGGUCAGCAUUAGGGCAGCACUCACCCAUGACCUGCAGCGCCUGGUCUUUGCUCAGCGCCCAGCACAAGGCUGUCUGCUCCCUCACUUUCUCUCAGGCAGUUCACUGAGCCCACUAGACGCACCUUUGCUGCCCCUGUGUAGUGGUCCUUGCUUUAUUACCUUUUUCUAAGUGUUAAGUAUCUAAGUAUGGCAUGACAAUUCACUGUCUUGAGGCUUAAGAAGCUGACGGGUUCUAGUGGAUAUUAGGUGGUGUCGCUAGUGGUUGGGGGCGUGGUGACGAGGAUCUAACUCUUGAUCUGUCAGGUAGGUCAGUGGGGCAUCAAGGCUGAGCAGGACUUCAGGUGUAGGUUGUCUUGGGGAAAAAUUAUAACAACUGCUAAUUUGCAAAGUGCCAAAAACUUAACGAAACAUUUUUUUUAGCUGUUCAGGGAAGUGUGUGCAUGUGUGUGAGUGUGUUUGCUGCUUGUGACCUGGAUCAGCUUAGAAAAUUCUUCUUACAGGGUGUGAGGAUGCUCUUGUAAGGCUUGGCAAAACAUUCACCAUCAUUUCAAAUAGCAUUGGUUGAGCACAGAAGUAUUGAACAGCCAGCCUGAUGGCGGUGGUUAUAGUGUUACCCAAGUGUUGGUCUUAAGAAAUGUUAAUUGAUGCAUUGUUAAACCUAGGAAUUAGUUUGUUAAGAGGCUUAAUACACUUUUACGCCUGGUGAUGUCACUUCAGUCGUUGUGAUAAUCGAGUGUGUAGGAGACAAAUUUUGUAUUUCCAUAAUUCGCCGAGGUCGGGUGUGACUUGGCCGCACUAUUAUGCAAGGAAGGCUUUUUUUAAAGUUUGUAAAUUGGUGUUAAUUUUUCUAUCUUAGAGAUGAUGGUUAGACGUUCACUGUAAAGGCUAAAACAGAGCAUUAUGGAAACUGACAAGAAAAGACAGAAAAAAAGAAUAAACUAUCAAAGUUCA